GCUCCCAAACAACAACUCGACAUCUCGCUCUUGACUUUGAAUCAACAACCUGCUAUACCUUUGGUACGCCGCCAGCGUCCGAAGAGCCAUGAAAUCUAUCACAAUGGGAACUCCAAGAUCGAGGUAAAGUAAACAAGACAGCUACCGGGUGUCCAUGUUGGUACAGCCACAGUUGGUUCACCCUUAUCGCUCUUCCAUGCCUUCUGUGACAAGGUCUUUGGAAUGAGUUUGAUACGAUGGGCCAACUGCGGCGGUACCACGUUGGUCUGAGAAAUACCGGCGAACUUGAUCUGGAUAAUACCAGCGAAAGGAUUGGCUUCUUGGGACCCCUUCCCCUCCCCUCAUUGGAGAUCAACUAACUCUAGGGUUGCAGCUUUGCUCGUGUUGCGCCAACAUGUCUACCGAUAAGAUAACUUUCCUCGCCAACUGGCACGCUACGCCGUACCAUGCACCGCUUUACCUUGCCCAGGCCAAAGGCUUCUUCAAAGAACAGGGCAUCCAGGUGGCUCUCCUGGAGCCCAACGACCCCAGCGACGUAACCGAAAUCAUCGGCAGCGGCAAAGUCGACCUCGGUUUCAAGGCCAUGAUUCACACUCUUGCUGCCAAAGCCCGUAACUACCCUGUCCUCUCGAUUGGCAGCCUUUUGGAUGAACCUUUCACCGGCGUCGUCUACCUCAAGGAAUCCGGAAUCACGACCGACUUUAGGUCCCUCAAGGGCAAGCGUAUCGGCUACGUCGGCGAGUUUGGCAAGAUUCAGAUCGAUGAGCUCACUUCGCACUACGGCCUGACUCCCGCCGAUUACACGGCCGUCCGCUGCGGCAUGAACGUCUCCAAGGCCAUUAUCAAGGGGGAGAUUGACGCCGGUAUCGGCCUCGAAAACGUCCAGAUGGUUGAGCUGGAGGAGUGGCUUGCUUCCCAGGGCCGGGACAAGGCCGACGUCCAGAUGCUUCGCAUUGACGAGCUCGCCGAACUCGGAUGCUGCUGCUUCUGCUCAAUCCUCUACAUUGGCAACGAGACCUUCAUCUCGCAGAACCCAGACAAGGUUCGGGCCUUUAUGCGCGCCGUCAAGAAGGCCACUGACUUUGUCCUGGCCAACCCGGACGCUGCGUGGAAGGAGUACGUUGACUUCAAGCCUGUCAUGGGCACUGAGCUCAACAGGAAGAUCUUUGAGCGCAGCUACGCAUACUUCUCUGAGGACCUCAAGAACGUCGAGCGCGACUGGUCCAAGGUCACCAAAUAUGGUCAACGUCUCGGCGUUCUGAGCCCAGACUUCACCCCCAACUACACCAACGAGUUUCUUGACUGGGCUCUGCAGCCCGAAUCCAGUGACCCUACUGGCGACCAGAAGCGCAUGGUUGAGCUCCAGAAGAAUGUGGCUUGCUGCGGUGGCUUCCACCGCUUGCCCCUUGGGAUCAAGGCUUGAUUGGUGGGACGGGGUUGUCUUUGCGAAUGGCAGAGGGCAACCAAGCUCGGCUUCAUAGUCUGGGAUCUCGUUGCACAACCAUUGGGUUUUGGUGGAAAGAAGAGGCUCGUAAUCUUGAUGUCUUUUUCGACUCAGUUCCAGAUGAGAGUAUCGUGUGGAUGAUCGAUGAGGGCCUCAGGUGUAGCUAGCGAAGGCGUCUGCGUCAGUAGUAAACGUCUGUCUCUCCAGUCUAAUUGAGCUACGCUCUUACACCGUUCAAAAAUGCAGGAGAUAUGGUGACCUACGUAUCGACAUGUCGACACUCAGCAGCAUCUGCUUGGCAAUUUUUCGUAUGUCUUUAUCUGAGAUAUUAUUAUUGUGCCGACGGCGAGUGUCCUUUCCUCGAGAAUCAGGCGAGCGGCAUUUUUCCUUAUUAACGGUUUCUCCUAACGGCGUCGAGCAACAACGACGACAUACACUACAUAUUCCGGUGAUUGAAGAGCAGGGAAAACGCCCAGCAAGCUGCCGGUUGCAGACAGUCAGUCCCCUCGUCUCGUGCUGAAGGGGCCGCUCGCUCGUUUUAUCGGACGUCUAUCACCCAUGCUGACAUGGACUUUAUCAGGCCAAGCUCAGGCACGUCUCACGGAUUGCUUUCAUGGCUGGCACACAUCAAUGGCAGGGCUGUUCUUUGAGGCUUGAGGCGAAAGCAGUCUAUGUGUAUCACCAGUCCUGGCUGGCUAGGUAUUAUAACGGCGGUUUUAGCAGACCGCUACGCUACCUACGCCAGCUAGGUAGGUAGGUAGGUAGCUCGUGUCCCAGGCGCAAAAAGGGUAAAAAGGGUAGGUACAAACAAGUACCCGAAGCUGCCCGACAAACAUCAUUCCAUGCCAUUUCAUAUCAUAUCAUGUUGACCACCUAGGGUAUCAUUCCUACCUAGACGAGAAUCCCAGGGGGGGGGGACUGACUGAUGGAGAUGAGUUAUAACAACAGCUUCUUAGAACAACCUGUACAAAGCGCACCCAUCAUCAAUGUUUUGGGCUGGGAAUAGGUAAGGAAGGUUAAGGUAGGUAGCGUCACUUUAUUUACCUGGGGGCAGGUACGAAAGCAUUAGGUAGGUAGGUAUGAGAGCAACUAAGGUAACUCAA